AUGGGUCAGGAAUCGUUUAUCUACAGCUUCGUCGCGAGAGGAACUAUGAUCCUCGCCGAGUAUACCGAAUUCACCGGUAAUUUCCCUUCGAUUGCUGCUCAGUGUCUCCAGAAGCUUCCUUCUUCCAGCAAUAGCAAGUUCACUUACAAUUGCGAUCACCAUACCUUCAACUUCCUCGUCGAAGAUGGCUAUGCAUAUUGUGUUGUGGCGAAAGACGCCCUUAGCAAGCAAAUCUCGAUUGCGUUUCUGGAGCGUGUGAAAGCUGAUUUCAAGAAGAGAUAUGGAGGUGGAAAAGCAAGUACAGCUAUCGCCAAAAGUCUGAACAAGGAGUUCGGGCCGGUCAUGAAAGAACACAUGAAGUAUAUUGUUGACCAUGCAGAGGAGAUUGAAAAACUAAUAAAAGUCAAGGCUCAAGUUUCAGAAGUUAAAAGUAUAAUGUUGGAGAAUAUUGACAAGGCAAUCGAUAGAGGGGAAAAUCUAACGGUUCUUACUGACAAGACCGAGAAUCUACGCUCUCAGGCGCAAGAGUACAAGAAACAAGGGACACAAGUGAGAAGGAAAUUGUGGUACCAGAACAUGAAGAUAAAACUUGUGGUUCUAGGGAUCUUGCUACUACUUGUUCUCAUAAUCUGGCUUUCGGUUUGCCACGGCUUCAAUUGCACCGAUUGA